GUGACGCGCAGAACGUCACAGCCGCGACGAAGCCGACAUGGCGGCUCGGGGCAGCAGAGGCAGCAGCGCCGCCGCCGCCGCGGGCACCGCGCAGCACGCGCUGGUCGCCGCCGUCCUCCUCCUCCACUUCGCGCUCUGCGCCAUGGCCGUCGCGCCUCAGGUCGGCAAGAAGGACGGCGUCUUCAACGCGAAAAACCUGAUGUUUCAUUUCUACAAGACUUUGUUUAACAACACUGAUGUCAUGCUAGUGGUAUCAGAGAAAACAUGCCAACCCAACGCCGUUUUCAAUGUGAAAUGGAUGCUGUUACAUUCCAAGUGUUACAAUAAGAUUGCUAACAUUCCAGAUAUGGAGGUUAAGCUGCUUUUGGAAGAAAAGAUUUCAGAUGAUAUAGAUUACACCACCAACCAAGUAUCGAUGACUUGUGCAAAUUUCAAUCUGGAGCGCAUGGCAGCUCAUCCAACGUUUGAGAAGUUUAUCAAAACAGUUAAUAACACGGUUAAAGCCAGUAAUUCCACAAAAACUAAACGGGAGGAAAAGCAGGUUUCCAAAAUUGAGCAAAAGGCCAGUACAGUCGCAAACAAAAACGGGAAGAAUGUGCUGACAAGGACAUGGAGAGAUGGGCCAUACCUCUUCAUAAUGAGUAUCCAUCCUAAAAGCAACACAACUGUUGGGCCAGAAUGGGAAAUACCCGUACAAGUUCAAAUGAAGAGCGAGGAAGGCUUUAUAUCGGCUGCCGACUGGCCACUUAUGAUUUUCUAUGUCGCGAUGUGCGUGCUGUACUCUCUGUACGGUGCCCUAUGGCUGGCCUGGUCGGCCUGCUACUGGAAGGACCUCCUGCGCAUCCAGUUCUGGAUUGGAGCCGUCAUUCUUCUCGGCAUGCUUGAGAAGGCCGUCUUCUAUGCCGAGUACCACAGCAUCAACUACUACGGCACCUCUGUCCGAGGGGCUGUAGUGUUUGCAGAGCUACUCUCUGCCCUCAAGAGGACCCUGGCUCGCCUUCUGGUCAUCAUUGUCAGCCUUGGCUAUGGCAUAGUCAAACCUCGUCUGGGUACCACGAUGUACAAAGUGGUUGGCGUGGGGAUGCUGUACCUCAUAUUUUCUUCAGUGGAGGGCAUUUUACGUAUCUCUGGGGAGCAGAACAGCGUCAAUGUCCUGUACUCUGAUAUCGCCCUCGCAUUCAUUGACUCCUGUGUCAUUUACUGGAUAUUCAUCAGCCUGUACCAGACCAUGAAGAUGCUCAUGCUGAGGCGCAACGUGGUGAAGCUGUCCCUUUACAGGCACUUCACCAACACGCUCAUCUUCGCUAUAAUCGCUUCACUUAUUUUCAUCAUCUGGACUACACGGAAGUUCAGAUUUGCAGAAUGCCAAUCGGACUGGCGGGAGUUGUGGGUGGAGGAAGCCUUCUGGCGACUUCUCUUUUCCCUCAUCCUCCUGGUCAUUAUGGUGCUUUGGAGGCCAUCUGCCAACAACCAGCGGUAUGCGUUCACUCCACUGCUGGACAAUGAUGAGGAUGAGGACGAGGAAGAGGAGCCCAUGAUGAACGAAGCAUACGAUGGCAUGAAGAUGAGGGGAAGUAAGCCCGAGUUGAAUGGAUCCAGCCGCCCAAAUGUCAACAAGCAGGAGGAUGAUCUCAAGUGGGUAGAAGACAACAUCCCGGCCUCGAUGGCAGAUGUUGCCAUGCCUGCCUUGCUGGACUCGGAUGAGGAAAUAAUGACCACCAAGUUUGAGAUGUCGAAGAUGGAGUGACGACCGCGAGUUGCGCUGUGCUUGAGGAACGAAACGCGGCUGGCGGUCCGGCCUGGUGCCUGCCACCCUGGUCACAUUGCCUGGCUGUUUCCUGCAGCGGAGAUGUUCCUGGGCAGAUGUUGGGGGUGGUGCACACCCAUUCCCAUAGGUGUGGCAGCACCUUUGCGUUCUAGUGUUUUGCAUGCGUUUUUUUUCCAAGAGAUUGUUCUUUAUCGGUCUUUUUAUUUACAUCAUGUAUUGGUAUUUAACUUGUAAAAUCUUUUUUUUUUCAGCACUUGUUGCAUAUUGGCCUUUUCAUGGAACUCAAAAGCGAGGGGACCUGGCUCAUGUAUUAUUUUUGAAGAGUUAGGCAGUUACUGACUUCUCAAGACUUGCUUAAACGUUUUGUAUUUUAAGUAUUUGGGAUAUAAUUUCAAGAAGUGUUCUAAAUAUCCAUGGUCUGGCAAGUGGUCAGUCAGUGCUGUUUGUCAAACCCUUGAUUUUACCAUAAUUUCUCACAUUGGUAGCCAAAUGUAAUGACUUUCUUGCAUUUGACUAUUCAAAUCCGAAUAAUUCCAUUGUCUUAAAUAUUAUACGAAUAAGACAUUAUCUUAUGCCUAACAGUGAAGGAAGUGGUACUUUCCUUAACAAGAUGUAAGAAUGGGUCUGUCCAGGUGAAGUUCUUAAGGACUGUAUGCCAAAGCGCUGUGGACAAAUACGUGUUUCACCUGAAAUAUGAAAUUAAGAAUUUGGAUAUUAUAUUAUGCAACAGGGCACCAAGACAUUAUUCAGAGCACAUGGAAAACAUGUUGGUCCCAGUUACACAGUGAAUUAAACAAUCAUAGUUGUAUCUUGACUUAAAGCUUUCGUGACUGCAGGAAUUCAUUCUUUGGGUCUUUUGGUAAAGUCACGUAGAUAGGUUCAAAGAAAAUAACAAAGUUAUAAGACCAAAAAUACCUAUCACUGUAUGUAAUACAUUUUAAAGGGUAUCACAAGUGCACCAGUGACUUGGUGGGGGCAAUAGAGUGCUGAUUACUUUACAAUUGUAUUUUAUAGAUUCGUCGCAUGCCGAUGUUUUCACUUUAACUGCACCUCGAAUUUAUGUUCCUUUUAAAUGUACAAACUUGACAUUGGUUACUGAUAAUAACCUAAUUUUUUGUUUCAGCUGGCUUCAAUGCACCGUUCUCCGAUGUGUUGGGAAUCGUCCCGCGCGUCGUUUUCUAAAUCCUAUUUUUUGCGUGCUGGGAACUUCGGCAGGAACUAAACAUUUCUGCGGAAGUCCCGUCCCCCCCCCCCCCCCCCCCCCCCCC